UCGUCACACGUCUCAUUUCAUUUGCGUCUGGAUCACGGAGCUCGUAAGACUGUUUUAUUUUUUCGAUCGAAAUAUAUCUUCGUUAUCGGUGUUGUGUCAAAGAUACGUCGCUGCAAUAGAAACUACUUUUGUUACUACUACUGAUACCACUAUUACUAUUACUACUACUACUACUUUCUAGUAAGAUUAUAUAUUUUUUUAUUCCAAUGGAUCAAAAUCCGCAACAAGAAUCGCGACUGAACGGCGACAUCGUAAAUAAUCCGACAGACAUCACGAUCUCUGUGUCCGCUGAAAACGGUGGCACUGACGGUAUUACUGUGCAGCAACCGUACCUCCGGUCUAUACCAUCGCCAUCAUAUCUAGGAACGACGCCGCCACAGUCGUUCCGUAAACGGUGCGACUCAACGACUGCCAACGAGGAUGGCGACCAGAAUGAGUCUAAAGUUUUGGUUAUCUACACGGGUGGCACCAUCGGUAUGAUCCGAAAUGACGAUAACAUGUUGGUGCCCACGCCUAGCAACGGAAAUUCUACUGAUUUUCUAUUGGAGCACAAGAUGCGCCAGGACCCCCGGUUGUACGACGCUAAGUACGCACAACAUAAGUAUGGAGCAUCUAUGAACUGCAGCCCAUUAGUUUUGCCCAUGGUCAAGGGAUUCCGGAGAAUUGUUUACUCGGUGUACCAAUAUCCAGAACUAUUAGACUCAAGUAACAUGUGCAUGCGCGAUUGGCGAUGCAUAGCUGAAGACAUAUGGCAAGCAUAUGAACUGUACGAUGGAUUCGUCGUGUUGCACGGCACCGAUACACUAGCGUACACUGCGUCCGCACUGUCAUUCAUGUUUGAGAACCUUGGCAAGACUAUCAUUAUUACGGGUGCUCAGCUGCCAGUAUUUGACUUGCGGAGUGAUGGAAGCGAUAACUUUGUCACCAGCUUGCUGAUGGCAGGUAACUAUUGCAUCCCCGAGGUGACGAUUCUUUUCCAUAACAAAUUGUUGCGCGGUAAUCGUACAGUCAAGGUUGACUGCGAGAGCUUCGCUGCAUUCGAUUCACCCAACUUGGCACCGUUGGCCGUCAUCGGAAUCGACAUAAAUGUAUCAUUUAGACAGAUCUUCAGGCCGAGGUCUAUCGAAAAGUUCGCGGUCCACCUACAGCUUGACGAGAACGUCAGUUUGCUGCGAAUUUUCCCCAACAUUACAGCUGACACGGUUCGGACGUUUCUGCAGCCACCUAUCCGAGGAGUGGUGCUCCAAACAUAUGGAGCUGGAAAUUUACCUGGAAACCGUUCCGACAUUAUGGCCGAGCUGAAAAACGCUACUGACAGAGGCGUCAUUGUGUUUAACUGUAGUCAAUGUUUCAAAGGAUCGGUGACGGCCGUCUACCAAACAGGGAAUGUGCUAAACCAGGUUGGCGUUAUAUCAGGUAACGACAUCACACCUGAGGCAGCACUAGCCAAACUCUCAUACGUAUUAUCCAAAGACGACUGGGACCUGAGCACCAAGCGAAUGAUGCUUGGUGCAAACUUGAGGGGCGAAAUGAGCGGUGGACCGCCAAAACCACCACGAAAGAAUCGCGCCGCGGACGAGUGGGAUCUAGUAGACGCAGUAGCCCGCACGCUGUUACACGUUAAUGGUUCACAAGAGUUGACCGCGCUCGGAGGCGUCCUGUUUCCCGCUAUGCUAGGAAACGCCGUUGCUCGUUCUGACUUGAACAAACUGGACGAACUCAAAGGCUUCGGAGCUGACUUUUCCGCACAAAACGCUGACGGCCGUACAGCCUUGCACUUAGCAUGCGCCUUGGGAGACGUUCGCAUUGUCCGGUACCUGUUGUUAAACGGAGCCAGCGUACACAUCAAAGAUAAAUUUGAUAGGACACCCUUGAUCGAGGCCGUCGAAAACGACCGAAACGACGUUGUGGCACUAUUACGAAGGUGCGGUGCCCAUCUUAACUCGCCCGCUAAGCACGUCGGCCAACAACUAUGCAACGCCGCGGCCAAAGGAAACUUGCAGAGGUUGCAAUCUUACGCGGCCGCUGGAGCCGACCCGACUUCUGCCAAAGACAUGUUUGGUAGAACGCCAUUGCACGCAGCUGCGCUCACAAACCAAAUUGAAGUGGUCGAGUACUUGUUGUCACUACACGAAGCUAUUUUCGCGCUCGGGCAAAUCGACGCCGGUCCCCCGUGCGAUUUGCUGGACAUUACUCCAAUAGACGUGGCAAGAGCAGCCGGUCACGCAGUUCUUGCUGAAAAGCUUCAGCAGCAUUUCAAAAACUGCAGCGAACGUGGACAAAAGAACUCACUGAAGCAGUGGAAUGGUGGUGGAAUUGAGAUCAAGGAAAAGGCAUAGCCUAAUCCCUAGAACUAACAUGGUACGACUACAUCGAUGUAAUGAUGUAAUCAGCUGUAUGAUUAUUAUUAUUAUUAUUAUUAUUAUUAUUAUUCCUAUCAAUAUAUUAUUAUUAUUAUUAUUUUGUAAAACAAAGCGUUACCGUGUGCGUUAUUUUAUAAUGUUCCCUGUAUUAGGAAAAUAUUGUAUUAUCUCUGACAUCGCAUAAUGGCAUCCGCAAAAGUUUCUAUCUAAGUUAAGUCUCAGGCAAUGGGCUUUUUUUUCUAGCUUCAUUCCAUUGUUUUCUUACUCUCUCCUUCUCUCAUAUGUUCUACGACCUUAUUUUAGUCUCAUAUUUCUCGGACUUUCGCGCCAAUGUUUGUACCAAUGUAACUAAUAAUCACCGACGUGAUAUAACAACAAUUCUAUGUAUAAUAUAAUAUUUUUAAUUUUUUGAAUAAAAAAUAUUUGUUUAUACUCAAA